UAGCUAUAAUAUAUAAAGAGGAAGGCAUGAAUAUUGAAAUGAGCAUGAAGAUGGGGUGUACCAGCAAUUUGAAGAACGCUGUGAUAGCAUUCUUGGCUCCUCUUCCCUCCAUUAUCUUCUACCUCUCAUUCAUUAAUAAUGCAACUGAUCACCCAUUCUGCUAUCGCCACCCCCUCCUAUUAGUCAAUCUCCUUUUCUUCUUCAACGUCAAUAUCCUCUUUUGGCUCAUCGCUCUAAUCCAAUCCAGCCACUGGAUGAUUGACCCUUAUUGGACAGUGAUACCUGUGAUGCUUGUCCAUUAUUAUGCAGCCCACCCUUUGGCUCACUAUGAUUUCUGGAGGUCAAGGAUAGUGAUCCUGUUGACUUGGGUGUGGAGUAUUAGACUCAUCCACAACUACUUCAGACGAGAGAAGUGGCAAUGGGGUGCAAGGGAAGAUUGGCGUUUCACUGAUAUGAUUCAACAAUAUGGAAAACAUUGGUGGUGGGCUUCCUUUUUCUCCAUCUACCUACCUCACCAGUUGUUGCUCAUUGGAUUGUCACUUCCCUUUUAUGUUAUCCACUCAGUAAAUCAGCCUUUGAACAUCUGGGACUUGGUAGCUGUUGUUGUGUGUGUAUCUGGCAUCCUCAUAGCAUACUUUGCGGAUAAUCAACUUUACAAUUUUGUGAUGAUGAUGAUGAGUAAUGAUAUGAUCCUUGAGAGUGGUUUGUGGUACUAUACUCGGCAUCCUAAUUACUUUGGUGAGCAGCUAUGGUGGUGGGGACUUGUAGUAUUUGGUUGGAACUUGGGGUAUGGGUGGACCUUUAUAGGAGCAUUGCUCAACACAAUGUGUUUGGGUUAUGUGACCAAACUUGUGGAACAAAGAAUGUUGAAACAAGACGAAAGAGUAGAAGCAUAUAGGAAGUAUCAGAACACAACUUCUGUAUGGAUCCCCUGCUUCAAGUUCAACUCAUCAUCAUAUCCUAAUUUACCACUCAAUAAAACUAAGAAUGCCUGAUCCAUCUUUUGUUGUUUCUUCAUUAUGAGACACUGUCACUUAUUUAUAUUCAACUUGGUGGGAUUUUAAAAUCUUAAUUCUUUUUGUGGAUGAAAUCAAUUAAUUUUCAAUAUUUUAUAUUAAGUUUCCAUA